CUCUGAGUCUUCUCUUCUCCAGGCUGAACAAUCCCAAGUCCCUCAGCCUCUCCUCAUACAUCUUGGUUUCCAGGCCUCUAAUCAUGUGCGUGGCCCUUCUCUGGACUCUCUUGAGCUUCUCCAUAUCCUUCUUGAAGUGUGGCGCCCAGAACUGGAUACAGUACUUCAGUUGCAGUCUCACCAAAGCCAAGUAAAGCGGGAGGAUAACAUCCUUUGCCUUGCUCGAGAUGCCUCAGUGGAUGCACGCCAGUGUUUGGUUAGCUCUGCCAGCUACGGCAUUGCAUUGAUGGCUCUUGUUCAUUUUGUUGUCAAUCAUGACACCCAGGCCUCGUUCAGCUGUGGUACCAGCAAGCGGAGCACUGUCGAACCUCUCAGAUUGGGUGGAGAUCAUUGAGCCUCGAUCUCAUGAGCGAAUGUAUGUCAACUUGACAACAGGAGAGUGUGGCUGGGAACCCCCUCCUAAUCUGAAAGUUCGCCAGUCAGAUCAGAAACAGUGGUGGGAACUCUUUGACCAAAGCAACAACCGCUUCUACUACUACAAUGCCAUCACCCAGCAGACAGUGUGGCACCGGCCCCAAGACUGUGACAUUGUGCCACUGGCUCAGCUCCAAGCCAUGAAACAGAAUUCUCAGUCUGACUCCAGAGAACAUCAGCAUAGAGUCACCUUGAGUAGUGAUGGCAGAAACACCCACAUCCAAAUGCCCUUGCUGCAAGAAAUGGACAGGGUUAAGGAUAGCAGUACAAAGAAGAGACCGGACUCUGGAAGAGAAACUACUGCCCACUGGCAGCCUUUGCCAGGCACUAAAUCAGCCACAUUGGUCAAAGUCAGCAGUUUAAAACAGGUGCAAGCUUCAUCAAAUAAUUCAUUUCAAGCCCAGAACACUCCAGAAACUAGAAGUCAGAAAUCUCUACUUACAAAACCAGUCACACAUGCCCAGACUCAAUUCACAGCCCAGAAUCCAGCUGCUGUGAAACCAACAUCGCUAGCAGAAAGGAAACGGUCUAUACAGAUUAAAAAGACUGAGAAUGGUGGAUUUUGUUUAGUACUAACAAAUGGACCUACUUCUCAGUCUCCUCCAGUGGGUCAAACAGGGACACCAGAGCUUUUGUCUCCCAAGUUUUCUUCUCCAGCACCAAUAUAUGAUGAGCCAUCACUAGAUUCCUCAAUUUAUGAUGAGCCUCCUGUAGAUAUGGGCACUGAGAAUGCAAAUGUGGAUGGAAUGUCUUCACAAAUGUCACAAAGCAGUAGCUUAAAAAAACAUCUCCUACCAAUAAAAUUAUUGCAGCACCCUGGUAUACCACAGCAUCAGGCUGUAAAUAAACAGGUGAAAAAUCUUUCUACCUCUGAAUACAGCCCUGCUGGGAGAGAGUACAUUAAGUAUAUGGUCAAUAUUGACCAGUCUUCCAAGCAUUCUCACCCUCUUUGUGGGGAAGCUGAUGGCUCUACUAAACUGCAGUUCUGUCAGCUUACUUCAAAGGACAGCUUCAAACAGUCUUGGAGGAUUUUGGAAGCAAAUGUUCUCAGGAAUAUUGAGGCCCACCACAGUUGGCAGAACAACCUUCAAACUCAUCUAACUGUCAUAAGUCAACAAGAUUCUGGCUACUCAACAGGGCCUUCUCCAAGUUUGAGAAAGAGGAAAGAAAAGAGUCAACUUGCAGGGCAGAGAAGACCUGGUUCUCUGGGCAGUAUCCGUGAACUCAGUGUUUUGAAUGAUAAGUUGAUUGCAGAGAUGCGUGCUGUGGUAGGCAGAUCUGCAGCCUGCAGAGGAAGCAAAGCAAGUCUAGAUGCAGAAGUGAUGGAGAACACCCUCUCAGCAGAAAGUAGUCAAGUUAGGUUUCAGUCAGACCAGUUAAAAAAAGGGGUCAUCCAGAACUCAAGAGACAAUAUAACUUCUAGCAACAGGUCUUUAGGUAGACAGGGGAUGGAGAGUAAGGGAAGCUUCCCUAAUGAUCCAGCCAUGCAGCAGGACACAGUAAGACAGAAGAGGACUUAUGAAAAAAUGGACUCCCUAGAAAAGACUGUAACCAGCCAGACAAGUUUGGUUUCAUCAAAUACUACAGGAACCUCCUCUCAGCCUGAAACAAUAGAGUCAAACUCCAAGCAAGAGAACAGCAGGCAGCCUGACAGCUGUAUGGGAUACCAGUUUCCCUGCAUUGCAUUACCAGAGCCCAUCCCUCAAAGCAGCAUGGUAGACUGGGCUUCCAAAAACCUCAAUAUGCACACUCAAGGCAUCUUCCGCCGCAGGAUCUCCAUUUCCAACAUGCUUUCCUGGAGUGGGGACUCCAUCAAAAAGCCAAUGCUGAUUACAAGCAACCGCACCAUCAAAAAGGAAGCAUGUGAGAUGUUUAAGUUGGUGCAGAUCUACAUGGGAGACCGCCAGACACACAUGGACCACAAUCAUGUGGCUUUAGUCACAAUUACCAAGUGCUGGAGCAUACAGGGCUUACGGGAUGAGUUGUACAUACAGCUAAUUAGGCAGACUACAGACAAUACGUGUUACCAAAGUCUGGCACGGGGCUGGGAACUCAUGGCCAUUAGUCUAGCCUUUUUCUCACCAUCACCCAAAUUCCAGUCUUACCUGGAAGGUUAUAUUUAUUGCCACCUCGACAGUGAUCAAUACAUUGUGCAGCGCAUCAAGAAACUCUUGGAUCUCAAAAACAAGAAGAACUCAAAAUCCAGGAAAAAGAGGAAGCAAAACACAAAUGAUGAAGGUUUGCCCAUUAGUACAUAUGCCAGAUAUUGCUAUCGGAAACUGCAGAAGGUGGCAGUCACUGGAGGCAAGAAGGGCCUCCAAAAACCAACAAUAGAGGAAAUAGCACAUGCCAGAAAUACUAUUGUGACACCUUCACUCUUUGGCAGCUCCCUGGAAGAAAUCAUGUUACUGCAGAAGGAGAUAUAUCCAGGUAACAAGCUGCCCUGGAUACAAACACAGCUAUCUCAGCAAGUCCUGGCGCUGGGUGGAGAACAGACUGAAGGAAUAUUCAGAGUACCUGGUGACAUUGAUGAAGUCAAUGCAUUGAAACUGCAAGUGGAUCAAUGGAGCAUUCCCAGCAAUUGUAGUGACCCCAGUAUACCAGCCUCCCUGCUGAAGCUGUGGUAUCGGGAGCUGGAGGAACCCCUGAUACCACAGCGGUUCUACGAAGAGUGCAUUGGCAGCUAUGAGAACCCUGAUGCUGCUGUGACAGUGGUACAGUUUUUGCCAGAUCUCAACAAAUUCGUCCUGUAUUACCUCAUACACUUCCUGCAGAUUUUUGCUCAGCCAUAUAAUGUGGGCAAAACGAAGAUGGAUGUCAAUAAUUUGGCCAUGGUGAUGGCCCCCAACUGCCUGCGCUGCCAGUCUGACGACCCCCGGGUCAUCUUUGAAAACACCCGUAAGGAGAUGUCCUUCCUGCGCAUGCUGAUUGUGCACUUGGACACUAGUUUCAUUGAAGGGAUGGUGUGAGCGACUGGCUCUCCUGGGACUAUGUUCCAUGCCAUCAGAGACAGCAGGGGGGUAAGGGAGCGCCACUUGGGAGAUUCUGCACAUUAUCCAAGCCUUUAUUCAUAGAUUGUAGUCGGAAGGGACCCCGAAGGAUCAUCGUGUCUGACCCCCUGCCCCAGGCAGAAAAAGGACCGUGGUCAGAUGACCCUAGCCAGGUGCCUAUCUAGCCUCCUCUUGAAGACCUCCAAGUUAGGUGAUAGUAUCACCUCUCUUGGCAGCCUGUUCCAGAUUCUUGCCACUCUUACUGUGAAAAAUGUCUUCCUAAUGUCUAACCUGAAUCUGCUCUCCACUAGUUUGUACCCAUUAUUCCUAGCUACUGCUAGGGUAAAUAGCACAUCUCCAACUCUCUGUUAUCCUCCCCUGAUAAACUUAUAGGCUGCUACAAGGUCUCCCCUCAGACAUCUCUUAUGAAGGCUGAAGAGAUCCAGAUCUCUCAACCUCCCCUCAUAGGGUUUUGUACAGAGGCCACUAAUCAUACGAGUGGCCCUCCUCUGGACCCUCUCCAGAUUCUCCACAUCCCUCUUCAAGUGCGACACUCAGAACUGGACACAGUACUUCAGCUGAGGCCUGACUAGUUCCCUUCACUUAGAUUUCCAUCAUCGUUGUUGCUGUUGUUGCAGUACUUGCUUCAGAGUAAUCCUUCUGCCGGGGUGUCAUGGGGCUGGCAUCAGCAUCAACACAGGAGAUGAUUUUGUGGGGAUAAGGACCAGAGAGUCUUGAGGCAAGGAAAAGCUCAGGGCUCUUCCAGUGGUGCAUCACAAGCACUGAGAGCAAGCUUGGUGUCUGUGCCAGCCUUACUCAGCUGCCCUUAUAUGGAUUCACUGACUGACUAAUGGGGUUUCCAGUCCUCAGUGGAAUAAGAGAAAAGCUGGUUUGGGGUGCCAGGAUACCUCAGCCACUACAGGGAUACCUGGCCUAUGGCAUAGGCAUGCCCCAUCCUGCCCAGCAUAUGGAAGCACUCCACCAUUCUGAUCAUCUGGAACCUGGUUUACAGUUGACAUGCAGUGAAAUGAUACAGAGGAACUUCCCGAUGAGAGAAGCCCUCUGUGGAGAGCACUGGACAGGGUGGGCAGUGGCAUCCCAUUAUCAUCCCCCUGCAGUGCUUGGAAGCCAGGGAAUUGUAUGUUCUGGUAGUAUGUGCUGCUGCAGUGGCCCAGGUGGGAAUGAAUUGGCCAUGCUUCCUGUAUUAGGGUGACUCUCCCUUUGCAGCUGGGCAUUAGCCCCAUGCAGUCAGCAUCAGGGUUAUAAGACCAUGUGGAGGUUGCAGACAGGCAGCUGAUUCAGAGUGUAGGACUGAUGCAUGCACUGAUUCUGAGUAGCAACAGAACAGCUUGGGGGUCUUGACUGGCCACAAGAUGGACGUGAGCCACCAAUGGGAUGUCGUGGCUAUCAAAGCAAAUCAAACUCUGGAAUGCAUCCACCGCUGCAUCUCAAACAAAACCAGAGCCAUCAUCCUCCCGCCUUACUCAGCCUUAGUGAUAUUGCAGCUGGAGUACUGCAUCCAGUAUUGGGCCCCCCACCUCAGGAGGGGCAUGGAUAAGCUUGAGAGUCGAAAGGAGAGCCACCCGUAUGAUCAAAGGCCAAGAGAGAAGCCUUACAAGGAGGGGCUGAGGGACAUGGGACUCCUUAGCCUGGAGAAGAGAAGGCUCAGGGGUGACUUGGUGGCAGCCUAUAUAAGAGGGGUUGCAUCAGGAUCUGGGAGAACAGUUGUUCACCAGGCUCCCCCAAGGGUUAACAAGGUCUAACAGCCACAAACUCCUGGAAGGCCAAUUUAGACUGGACGGAAGGGAAAACUUAUUUACUGUCCAAAUGCCCAGAGUCUCCCCAGAGGUGGUGCAAGCACCUACUCUGGACUCUUUCAAAAAGUAUUUGGAUGUUUAUCUUGCUGGGAUCAUUUGUCCCCACCAGACUUCCUGCCCAUGGCAGGGGGCUGGCCUCGAUGAUCCCGUGAAGUUCCUUCCAUCCCUAAUGUCUGUAAAAUCUAUGAAGUCUAUGUCUGAAGACAAAUGGUGUGUGACAGGCUGGGGGUUGGCUUUCUCGUGUCCAUUCAUUUCUCCUGCAUCUUCUGCCAUAUAAACAGAUGACACUCCUACAUCAUUCUAUCUCUUUUCUGACCAAGUUCCAAAGGUGGCUAGGAGAAGAAGGCAUAUCUUGCACUGACACUCCUGACCUUGGAUCAGAGAGCUACAGAAGUGGCUGAGUGCCAGCUUUGGAUUGCACCAAGCAUUACUUCUUUGGCCUGGUAGACCCCAGGCUUGGUCUUGAGAGGAGAUGAGAGGAGUGGACACUUGAUUGGUAACAAGAGAUGACUAGGUCAGCAUUUGCUCUUGUGCUUGGAGGUGUGGGAGGGAAGCACUCCAUUGAGAAGAGGGCAUUCUUCCAUGCCAAGCCAGGCUCAGCAGUGCUAUUUUUGCCUACUUGUGAAAUGCUGAGGUGGGAGCCAAUCCCAGAUUUCUCCCUACUUAGUUUCUAGCACAGGUGAGAGCAGCUUGUUCUAAAAUCCUGUUUAAAAAUAAUUUUUAAAAAGGCAAGCAGCAUGUGGCUUUCAUGUUUCAGAGCCCUUCUGAGAGGAGGUAGGCUGGAGGUCUCCUGAAUGCAGUGGCUGAGGUUAUGCACCCAUUUACACCAAUGGGUGUAAAUGCUCCAGGCUUUCCUUGGGCCAGUGAGAAUAUGGUGAACUGCAGCAAAGGGGGUGUGUCUAUAAAGCUGCUCAGUGGGAACAUGGGGUUUCCACCAAUGAAUCAGAGUAUCCUAGGGAGCAGGAUUCCAUUCAGAUGGGUUCCUUGACCAAACUUUGGUCUGUGCUGUGUAGAACUAGGGGUUUCCUUCCUUGUAACAUGUCUUGGGGCAGGUACUAGAUAGUGCUGCUCAUGUUGGAAUUGAUUGUCAGUCACUCAGAGAGCAGCAGGGGUCUGCUUCCUAUCAUCACCCCACUGUAGUGCUCAAAACCAGUCACUUCCUUUGGCCUUCCCAAGGUGGGGUAGAAUUUUUCUCUGGAAUUGAAGCAGGUUUGGAGCUUAUGAUGAGUACAGGGUUUCUGGCUGUGCAGCUGUUUGUUGAUAUUGGAAUUCUUAAACAGCCCCAAGGUGUAACCUGCUGCCCCCAAAUCUAAUGGAAAGGCCUUUUACUGUCUGUCCCAGGAGCCCCUUUGACUGGAUUACACAUGCUUACCCCUGGGUUGCAAACUGCAGCCAAAUACAAUGAGCAAUUAUUCAAAUUCUUUCUUGCACUUAGGUGUAGCAGUUGGAUAGAUGGAUCAAUAGUUGAUCAAUAGAUAUUUGCUGCUGUUACAGAGGAAUGCUUUUUGCUAGGACUCUAAAAUAGGCUAAGAAAUAACACUGGGUAUUAUUUUCUUUUUUGCCAACAAAAUUCUCAAUGUGAAUCAGUAAAGCAGCCUCUCCUCUGUUGUUAUAAGAAUAAAUAAAACCUCAGUUGUUAACCCUAAAAA